AUGGAGGAGCGGACCCUCGCCUUUGGCCAAGAUGUGUAUAGGCAUAGACUAGCAGCGCAGGAGUUGGUCUACACGUUCCUUCGCAAAGAAUCAUCCAGUACCAAUCUUGACCUGACCGAACGUUGCGUCCAGCUAAACACCAAGCUUGAGGACGCCUGGAGGGACGGCGAAGGGGAUCUGGGACGCAUCAAGGAGGAAGUGACCAAACACUUUGACAAUCGUAAUGUGGCCUCUCAUUGGUCCAUCUACACUCCAGAAGCUCUCAUAGCCAUACGAACCUAUAUAAUUCUUUCCACAAUUGAAGCGGCACAAAUGUUGCAUGAGGGGCUGUCGAAAGAACUGGAUAAGGACUUGCCGAAGGACAAGGUUUUCGGGAGUUGGCUUGACAUUCUCGAGAAUUCUCGAAAGGUUUUCCAACAUGAAGGCUGGAGAAGCCCAUGGUACAAGCCAUACGACCGGAGUGGUAAGGAAUUCCUUAGAUGGCGAGAAAACGCUUUAGACAUCUUCGAACAGUUCAAAGAUGGCGUCACCGAGCUUUUGUCAGACUAUCCGGAUCAUUCAGCCGAGGCAGAAGCAAGAGUUACGAAUAAGGCCCGUCAAAUCAUCAUCCUGGUGUCGGGAGGGUCUUGGGAUCGAUUCAAGUUUGUUUGGCGACGCUGGCAGUACAGCGACGGCGAAGCCCCCAAUACAACCGAUGAGAUCCAGACUCGGCUCGAGCUGGAAUCAUUGCAAAGCGAUCGAAGCAAUCCAUCGCUGUCAGCACUAGCCGGAGAAGCUUUGGAUUUCAUAUCCUCAAGCGCAGAGUACGGCUCUAGCCAAUCUCAAACGUCCGUCGUGGGUACAGCCUCACAGUUCUGA